GACGGUGACCCCUCUUGCCACCAGAAAAACGCAAUCAAGUGAACCUGGCUCAGCUGCUGAGAGACUCCAGGGAACGAGUGCAUGAGAUGGAGGAGAUGGAGCACAACAUGAAGGCUCUGACCGACGAGCUGCAGGACGUGAAGGCGGAGCGCGCCGUGUUCAGGGAGAAGACCUACCGCCUGAACGUGGAGCUCAACCACGUCCUGGGCAACCGUGAGGCACGCAUCAUUGAUGUGGAUGCCCUCUGCAUGGAGAACAGGUUCAUUGAGAGUAAUAAGAUGGAGACUGCAUCCAAAUAUUCCUUCAGAGGACUCAGGGACUUGACACACUUGUCUUUGGCAAACAACAACAUUAAAGCAUUACCUCGGGACGUUUUCAACGACUUGGACUCACUGAUAGAGCUGGACCUGCGAGGCAAUGCUUUCGAGUGUGACUGCCGAGCGAAGUGGCUGAUGACGUGGCUGAAGAACACCAACGCCACGGUUUCGGAUGUCGUGUGUGCUGGACCAGAGGACAUGAAGGACAAGCGCCUCAAUGAUAUGACCAGCCUGCACAACGAGUGCGUCUCAACAGAUUUCGUCCUCCAUCAGUCCCUGGCAUCUGAGUCUCUGUCUGUGGACACAUUCAGCUAUAAGAACGACGUCUAUGUGACGAUAGCUGCUCCCAGCGCAGAGAGCUGUAUGGUUUUCCAGUGGGACCACAUAGAAAUGAACUUCAGGACGUAUGAUAACAUCACAGGUCAGUCCAUUGUGGGGUGCAAGUCAGUGGUCAUCCAGGACCAGGUGUUUGUCAUCGUGGCUCAGCUGUUUGGUGGCUCCCACAUCUACAAGUUUGAUGAGGACCAAAGCAGCUUCAGCAGGUUUCAGGACAUCGAGGUGUCCAAGAUCUCCAAGCCCAAUGACAUUGAGGCGUUCCAGGUGGGCUCUGACUGGUUCUUUGUGAUUGCUGACAGUUCAAAAGCAGGCCUGUCCACCCUCUACAAGUGGAACGAUAAGGGCUUUUAUUCCUCGCUGCACGAGUGGUACCGCGACACAGACGCAGAGUUCCUGGACUUGGAUGGGAAGGCGCACCUUAUCUUGGCGAGCCGCUCGCAGGUGCCUGUGAUCUACCAGUGGAGCCGGAGCAACCAGAAGUUUGUCCUGCAGGGAGAGAUCCCUCACAUGGAGGACGUUGUAGCUGUGAAGCACUUCCGGAUCAAGGAGGAACUCUACCUGGCUAUGACGCGCUAUAUCGGUGACUCCAAAAUCCUUCGUUGGGGUACCAAACAGUUUACAGAGAUCCAGGCCUUGCCCUCACGAGGCUCCAUGAUUCUCCAGCCUUUUUUUUUCAAAGAGCGUUACUACAUGGCUCUGGGAAGCGAUUACACCUUCUCGCAGAUCUACAUGUGGGAUGAUGAGAACAAACUAUUUGACCGCUUCAAGGAAGUGUACAUCCAGGCACCGCGCUCCUUCACUGUGGUUUCCACCGACCGCAGGGACUUCAUCUUCACCUCCAGCUUCAAGGGAAACACGCAGAUCUUUGAGCACAUCAUGAUUGACUUGAGCUUGUGAGGGGCCUUGUCAUGGCCCCCGAAAGAUUGGUGGAGGGGGGAAAAAAGGAC